GGCUGGGUCUUCCAGACACCGGGUGCGCAGCAAGCUGCGGGGAGCCACUCAGCUGCAGCAGGCUUUCGCCAUGGAAAGGCAGCUCGUGAAGAAGGAGAUAAGCAGGCUACUGUGAGUAUCAUGGAGCAUGACUUCACGGACGGCUCCUGCAUACCGUAUGCUGUCGUAGAUGGUCUGGACAUUGGCAGGGCAGAUUAUAUUGGCAUCAGACUUCGGGAAAAUGAAUUUGACCCAAAAGGAAGAAGGCAACACACCAUUCUAGAUGAUAUGGCUCACUAUGACUUGGCUGUCAGCGUUUCUUGGCAAUGGCUAGAUCACUCAGAAGACUUCACCUGGCUCAGGCGGGAAGACGUGACAAUGCCACUUUGUGGCAGACCCAUAUAUCCAAACCGGAGAGAACGAGAAGCAAUGAUCUUAUCAUCUUAUGCUGGAAUCUUAAUGAAUAGUAUCCCAAUUGAGGAAGUCUUUAAAAUUUAUGGGGCUGAUUCUUCUGCCAAUCAUGAUUCUACCAAGGUCCUCCGGGCUCGGUUGCCCUGCCGUUCCCUGCAUCCUUUUGCCAUGUUGACAGCACCCAAAGCAGCAGAGUACUUCGGCAAACAGAGUAUCAAGUUAAGAAGGAGAGCAAUGAAUAAGAAUGCCAAGGGCAGCUCUACAAAGACAGUGAUGCCACAGGAUGGAAACCAUCCAAAAGUCUCUCACACGCACCACCAAAGAUCAAAGGGUCGACAUUGUGCUACAGGAGGUGGAGAGUCAGUCACUAUUGUCAAUAAGUGAACCAACAGACACUGAGAACCUUGGACUUGUACUGUGGAGCUUCACAACUGAGCCUUGGGAGUACACAAGCAGCAUCCUACUCAAAUGGCAGCUGUAGCAAGUGCAGUUUCCUUUAUAGUUAGCAUUUGGUAAACUGCAUCAAAUGCUAUGAAGCAGCUACCUUUUGGUUAAAGGUUUCUUUUUUAAAAGUGUGUAUCUUAUAUUACUACUGCAUUAUUCCUGGAAGAAUGUUGGAGCAUUUGGAGAGGACGGGGUAAUGCCGUGUGAGAGCAGACAGGCUGGCUUUGUAGCACAUUUUGCAAAUGUGUAGGUUUGAACAUUACACUGGGGCAGGGAGUUGUUUUCCAAAGCUUUAAUCCAAAAUAAGAUGAAUUUGUCAUUACUAUACUUUCUAAUGGAAAAUAUAAAAUCAUUUCAAUAAAGCGUUAA